AUACGCAGCUGUGUGUGUUACGGUUAGCAGCUUUGCAAGGGCCUAAAAGGAAUUUUGCUUUCUUUAAAGGAAAACUCAACGCUGGCGUUGACACCGUGCAGCACGGGGUGGAGGGACUGAUGUACCUUCUUACAGAAAGCUCCAAGCUCAUGAUUUCUGAAACGGACUUCCAAGAUUCCAUUCAUGUUUUGGGAUUCUCAGAUGAAUUGAACAAAUUAUUGCUUCAGCUUUACCUUGAUAACAGGAAGGAGAUCAGAAGCAUUCUUGGUGAGCUGGCACCGAAGCUUCCCAGCUAUCAUAGUCUUGAAUGGAGACUAGAUGUGCAGCUUGCAAGCAGAAGCCUGAGGCAGCAAAUUAAGCCUGCGGUGACUAUAAAGCUACAUCUUAAUGAGAACGAAGAUCUAACUACCCAAGUGUUACAAACUGAUCCUUCUACCCUCCUCCACCUAAUUCAGCAAUUGGAACAAGCCCUGGGGGAAAUGAAGACAAACCAUUGUAGGAGAAUAGCACGAAACAUGAAAUAGAAUUCAUUCAAGAUUUGUUGUAGUAGGCACUCAAUGUUCACUAACACAUGUCAAGAAAAAUAAACAUCUGGAUCAGAUGUAAUGCUUUCCUGGGCCAGGAUCUUGAGUCAGUAAUUACAGGCUGAACAUUUUCUGGUGCUAACUUUACACACCUGCCUGAUACAAGAUGGGUAAUUGCUUUUGCUUUACUUACAUACGUAAAAAAUCAGUAUGCUAUACUGAGACUUCCUUUAGCUCUAAAUUAGUAUGGUUCUACUUUAAGAGCUUUUCUACAUACUUCAUAAGUAAAGCUGUUUCAGUGUUAUAGGAGAUUGUGCACAUUUUUAUGUUUAUUAAGCAGAUUUUUCUGUUUUUGCCUCUGUUUUGAAAUAAAAAUACCUCUUCAAUACCCACACUUGUGAGAAUGAUACUUGACAGGAAUGUUUCUUCCAUUUCAACUCCUGUACGUGUAGAAGUACAAGUGUCCUGUGGGACUUCUGCCUUCCUGUCCAAGGGAUCCAGCCAUCUCAGAGGCUAGGUGCUACAGAGCUUCUGCUGUUCACUUCUCCCAACACCUGUGUAUUGUUAAUUGUAUUGGAAAUGUUUUCACAAAGCAGCAAUGUAGCGUGUUAUGAAAACUUAGUUCCCAGCUUUGUGGUGAGACCUGCACAUGAGAAGAACUGAUGUCAGGUUAUCUUAUAUAACAGAAGACUUCAAUUUUAACAAAGCUAUCUGUAAGCCCUACGAGGCAGGCAUUUCUACACGUAGCAGUUCCUAUAGAAGGUCUCGUGGCCUAAGCAUACAUUACGAGCUGAUUAUUUCUAUAGGUAAAGGUGAUCUGAAAAGUUGAAAACUAUUGGCUAGUAAGCCAGUUAAGAAAACAGUUAACUUCUGGUAAAUCAGAUCUUUGUGUUGUGAUACAGCAGCUUGGGUUGGGCUGCUAUUUGGGUAUCAUUCUUACAAAGGGAAGACGAGCUAAGUACUGCAGAGUAAAUAAAGCCUUUCUGUAUUUAAGAAAGUUGUCCUCCAAAGGUUAUGCUAAAAAACACUUUUCAGUUGUAUUUAUGUGCAGUAUUUCAUAGCUCUUGUGACAAAGGUAAGUAGUUUUGCUAGUGUUUCACUGUCACUAGUGAGAGUACAUAAUAAAUCCCUUAAGUUCUAUUGGAGAGAAUAAAUAGAUGAGAACCUUCACAUUCAGACUCUGGCGGUGACUUUUGUAGUGGCACCGUACGUUUCUGUACUAAUUCACAUAUGCAUUAUUUUCUCUCUGCUUAGAACUUAGGAAAAAUACUACUUGCAUGGCAAAAGUGCUUCAAUCAAUAAGUAACUACCACUUAACAAAAAAAGUCUGUUUUCUCAAAUUUGGAGUUGCUUCUUCUCUAAGUGUUUAAUUGUUUUAUGUAGCAUGUCUACAAUGUGAUUUCUUUUCCCACAGCAAAGUGUUUCAAUUGCCAUCUACAUGUGUUGAUUUUUUUUCCCUCUCAUACAGCAUGUGGUAAUUAAAUAUGCUCAAAACUUGUAACUUCUGA